CGGGGCGCGACGUGCAGAGGCGGCGAUGGCGGGUCGGCGCGGGGCGCUCAUCGUGCUGGAGGGCGUGGAUCGCGCCGGGAAGAGCACGCAGGGCCGCAAGCUGGUGGCCGCGCUGUGCGCCGCCGGCCACCGCGCCGAGCUGCUCAGCUUCCCAGAAAGAUCAACUGAAAUUGGCAGACUUCUGAGUUCUUACUUGGAAAAGAAAAAUGAGAUGGAAAAUCAUUCGGUGCACCUGCUUUUCUCUGCGAACCGCUGGGAACAAGUGCCAUUAAUUAAGGAGAAGUUGAGCCAGGGCGUCACCCUCGUCGUGGACAGAUAUGCAUUUUCUGGUGUCGCCUACACCAGCGCCAAGGCGGAUUUUUCCCUGGAUUGGUGCAAGCAGCCCGACGUGGGCCUCCCGAAACCGGACCUCGUCGUGUUCCUUCAGUUAAAGUUGGCAGAGGCUGCCACUCGGGGAGAGUUUGGCUGUGAGCGCUAUGAGAACAGGACUUUCCAGGAGAGCGUGUCACAGCGCUUCCACCAGCUCAUGGGAGACACGACUUUGAACUGGAAGAUGGUUGAUGCUUCCAAAAGCAUUGAAGAUGUCCACAAGGAAAUCUGCGAGCUCUGUGAGGACACCAUCUGGGCCGCCGCACAGAGGCCGCUGGGGGAGCUGUGGAAGUAGACACAUGGCGCCCAAAGGAGACGCUGGAGGGACUGUGCCCUCCCCUGCAGGCCUGCA